GAAGCGACUGCAAAUUUGUUACGCUGCUCCUUUUCAAAGACUGAAGUGUAGAUUCUUUGAUACCAAGACGUGUAAACAGAAGGGCUCCUACAAUGAAAUUCAUUCAGUGGCACGCUCUCAUUAAAGGAAACACAAUGUCGAUGCCAGAAUGAUAAGGUUGCUAUGGAGAUAAAGAGCAGUUCUUUACACUCACUCUCAGUCAUCCUCAGUUAUGAAUGCCAGCACCUCCUUGGCAGGCUGUGAGGGCCAGUCCCCUGCAGAUCACCUAAUGGAUGACUGGCUCUUCCUCUCCUCUGAGUCUGCUGGGCCUCAGCACCUGGAAGGUAGCAAGGAAGACCAGGAGACAGAGGACAGAGGCAAACUCAAAUCCAAGUUGGUUUCAGCAUGGAACAGCGUCAAAUAUGGCUGGUCCUUGAAACAGAAAUCCAAAUUCAGCAAUAGCUCUCCUGUGAUCAUGCUUGGACAAACCUAUGAGCUGAAGGAUCAGGGGCAGAGAGAGCGUUUCCUUCAGUCCUUUGCAUCUCUCCUGUGGCUGACGUACAGACGGGGUUUCCCUCAGCUGCCGGGUGGCUGUCUGACCACAGACAGUGGCUGGGGUUGUGUUCUACGUACUGGGCAGAUGCUGCUGGCGCAAGGCCUGCUCCUGCACCUGAUGCCUUCAGGUUGGACUUGGUCUGUGAGCCAUCAUGUGGUCAGAGAUGACAUGGACCUGCUAGCGAUCCGCCCCACAGACGGUGCAGAACAUGCACUGGUUUUAAAGGAAAUACCGAACAAAAGGGGACGAAAACUGAGCUUGGAUUCUUGUCUGGACAGACCCAUGGAGGCUUCACACAGAAGGGUAGUAUCAUGGUUCGCAGACCAUCCCACAGCUCCUUUUGGCAUACACAGGCUGGUGGAGUUGGGCAAAACUUCCGGGAAGAAGGCCGGGGACUGGUACGGACCUUCUAUUGCUGCGCAUAUCCUUCGGAAAGCUGUGGCAGCAUCGGUGGACCUUUCCAAUCUAGUUGUGUAUGUUGCACAAGAUUGCACCAUCUACCUUGAGGAUGUGAAGAGAUUAUGCGAGCGGCCUGCCCCUCAGUCGUGGAAAUCCGUCAUCAUUCUGGUUCCUGUGCGACUUGGAGGACAAGAUCUCAAUUCCUCGUACAUCACCUGUGUCAAAAGACUCUUGACAUUACAGUGCUGUAUUGGAAUCAUUGGGGGCAAACCGAAGCACUCUUUGUUUUUCGUCGGCUUCCAGGAUGACCAUCUGCUGUACUUGGACCCUCACUACUGUCAGCCCACAGUUAAUGUAGCAAAGGCCAACUUUCCUCUGGAGUCGUUUCACUGUAAAUACCCCAGGAAAAUGCCUUUUUCUCGCAUGGACCCCAGCUGUACCAUCGGAUUUUAUGCUAAAGGGCAACAGGACUUUGAAUCACUGUGCACGGUCGUUCAUGAGGCUCUCUCCACAUCUACGGACACGUACCCCAUGUUCAUAUUUUCAAAAGGAAAAAGUCAGGAUGAGGAGGGAAGCAGUGGACCCACAAACAACAUCGCCUUUAUCAAGAGGAAGGAUGAACUGAGCAGAGUCAACACCGACAACAGCAUGGAUGAGUUUGUUCUGUUAUGAACAGCAGAUCAGAUCUGCCCUGAGGGGCAUACCGUGAUCGAUGAUCACAAAAAAUGUGACAGCUACAUUGUGUGGCAACUACUGAGUGCAAGAACAAACACUGUCUUCACAUCCACAAGUAAUACCUUAAAGAGACUCCUUAAAGGUUUCCUGAAAUGAAGUGGUUGAGUAUCAUCACACUUGUAUAUUUUUAUUGCUGUUUUGUGCUCAUUUGUAUCUUAAUUUAUUGUUUUAAGGUGAGAACAUUUAAAUUAAUAUCAUUCAAUUGAAGGAUGAAUGUUUUUUUUAUUUUUCCAUCUCAGCCAGUUUGUGUUUAUCCAUAAAAUCCAUCGAAAGGUUCCUUUUAUUUAAUCUAUUCAACAAUAAUAAUGAAUUUAAGGCAAGCACUACUUGGACAUUCAGUCUCUCACUGUUUAAUGUCAUGUGACAGGAUGUGCUUGCCUUUGAAUGGAUUAGAAAAUUGGAUUCUUGUAAGCAUGUGACUAACACAUGAGAAACAGAAAGCAACUUUACUGGAGCAAAAGUCUCACGUUGUUGGUAAACAAAAUUUGCUGAAAAUAUUCUUAUGAGCUGGAUUACUUUUUGCUGUCUUUUAUCUGAAUAAACAGUUUAUGAACAA